AUGAACGAUCGCUUUUCAAAAAGUAAUAUGAAAAUUCUUUGUGGUAUCUCAUCUCUAUCAUCCGAUAGCUCAACAUUUUUAAAGGCGGAAGAAUUAACAGAUAAAUGCAUUAUGUUACAAUGUGAUAUUGUAUCAUUGUCUAAUGAAAUUCAAGUAUUAAAGCCUAUGCUCAAACAAUCAAAAUCGGAAGAUGUAGUUGAUUUAUUUUUUGAAUUUUUACCAUUAGAACAAGCAUUCCCCACGAUUAUAUAUCUUGCUAUCGGUGCUUUGACUAUGCCCGUGUGUUUAACCACAACAGAGCGAACAUUCAGUAGAUGA